CUUAGACCUCCGAGGCGACUGCUUGUGUUCUCUGUUCCUUCUCGUCUUCACUCCCAAAGACUUUGACAAAAAAAAAGGUGUUUUCGUUGGAAAAGGGCGGGUGGCAUAAGACUGAACAACACAAUAGGACAAGGAAGAGUCUCGAGAUAUAAACCGUCGGUGGUGACACCUGAGGAUGCAGCCGGACGAGGAAGGGUUCCCGGCGUCCCCUCUGGGCCCCUCGUUCCCCUCACUCCCCUCGAGGGACGGCGAGAGCGGGGAGAUCCUCGGGGACAAAGUGGUGGCCCUGAGAAGGGCUCCUGAAUCUCCCCGGCGCCUGCGCCUCCGGCCGGCCGUGCCCCGGGACAGGAGCCAGUCCGGCCACUACUCUCUGCUGAAGCAGCACCAGCAGUUCAGCGGCUUCAGGAUUCGGGACGCACUGGCUCAGCAGGGAGGACUCAGGCUGAGGAAGGGUAGCAUGACCUACAGCAGGGGAGGCGCGCCUCUGCUGCAGCCUCAGUACCAGAUUCGCGUUGAGAUGGAGGGCGGCGUGGCCGUCCGCCAGACGGCCUUCCCGAAGGGGCCUCGCCACUGGCACGAAGAGUGGGGCCAAGUGCGCUUUCGGCCGCCCUUCCGCGUCCCUCGGAAGAGCCUGUCGGAGUCUCGGCCAACGUCACCGUCAAAUACACAGCGAGUAAAUAUAUGGGAGGAGUUCAUAUUUGGAACAAGUGCUUUAAAAAGGAAGGGACAUUAUGUUAUAAACGAAGGAAACUCUGUCAUGAACAAAGUCAGGGCGUCACUGGAGCAGUUUUUGCCCAAACAGUACGCAAAUAUCGUUUUGUGUUUGUUAUAUUUCCUCUUCUACUUCUUAUCCUGUUGUGCAUAUAACAAUUAUUUGGAGAUUGCCUUGUAUAUAUUAUUCCACGGCCACUUGAAACUACACGAGUGUGCUUAUCAAAACGACAUUGACUUGGAUUUUACUGGGAGUCUUUUCGAAGGACCCGCAUACGCCUGGAUAAGAGGGUACUGCCAGCAUUGCAUACACAGGGACAAUAUAAAAGUUUUUGAUUGCCAAAUGAAGAAAAUGAAAAUGGAUAUUAUGGCAACGAAAAAAAUCUAGGAGAAAAUAUGUCUGCUUCGUCAAGUGAAAUCGGCAGCAGGAGAUAGAGUGUUCUCUUGUGAUAUGCAACUUCUAUAUCUCACACGCACACGCACACGCACACGCACACGCACACGCACACGCACACGCACACGCACACGCACACGCACACGCACACGCACACGCACACGCACACGCACACGCACGCA